CAGCAGCAGAAGAAGACGAUCGUGGCGAUGGUGCCCAGCAGAAGCAACAAGAGGAAGAGGGCACAUUGGAUGCUGUAGGGUCUCAGCAGGACCAGGAAAGCCGCGGCGAUCAUGCCUCUCUUGGCCGAAUUGCUGGGGAUCCCGGCGACAGGGGGCGCCACGGAGCCGGGGGGAAAACCGUAAGGAGCUGGCGGGAGCCUCCAGGCGGUGCUGCCCACCUCCCGCCUCCCCGCGCCCCGCCCCGAGGCUGGGGCUUUGGAGGAUGCAGCCGGGAAAAACAUUAACUUUUGGGCCACAUCCAGAAUAGCAUCAGCUACAUGGGUAUUCCCUCCUCCUACAAUUUCAGAAAACCUUUGAUAACUAAUUGAGAAAAUGCAGAAGAUCUUGCAAACAGAUGAAAUUACUAAUACCCAAGCUCUUAGAAAAGGAAAGAGGAAAAGAACAGACACAAUGGAUUCAGAGAAUGCAAACAGUGACAUGGACAAAGGACAGAGAGAUCCAUAUUCAGGAAAUACCUUUCUGCUGUGUGAGAGCUCCAGUGAGGAUGAAGAGCCUUUAGCAGAAUUGUCAAAGGAGGAAUUGUGCACGAAAAUAAAAUGUCUGAAACAAAAGCUCACAAACACCCGGAAAGAAAACAGCCGACUCCGACAGUCCUUGGUCAUGCUUCAAGUGUUACCCCAGGCAGUCACCCAGUUUGAGGAAUUGGUUGGUAUGGCAGAGACCUUGCUUAAGGGUGGAGGGACCAUGUCCACAUCUGCAACCACCCUUUGGAGAGCAACAAACAACUCCUCACCAGAUUCAUUAGCCUCAACGUGCAGCAAUUCUAAUUCUAAUUCCAGUUCACCAGUUUCCUUGAAAGCUGAAGAAGAGCAUCAUACUGAGGAGAAACAGUUCAAGAUUGAAAAAUGGCAGAUUGCCCGUUGUAACAAAAGCAAGCCUCAGAAGUUUAUAAAUGAUUUAAUGCAAGUACUUUACACAAAUGAAUACAUGGCCACACACAGCCUGACGGGUGCAAAAUCGUCUACUUCAAGGGACAAAGCGGUAAAACCAGCUAUGAAUCAGAAUGAAGUUCAAGAAAUAAUAGGAGUCACAAAACAGUUGUUUCCCAAUACAGAUGAUGUUUCAAUUAGGAGAAUGAUAGGGCAAAAGCUAAACAACUGUACCAAGAAGCCAAAUUUAAGCAAAACUCUGAACUCUCAGGAUAUUAAGUAGAUCUUUUUGGUAUUAUAGUCAUCUGAAACAAAGCACUUUCAGUUCUCAAUCUAAUAUUGGAUUUUGUUGGAAAACCUGCAACCUCCCUGGCAGGGAGCACAGAGCGACAUGUGUGUUGACAGGCCCCGAGCCAUCUUUAACAUCACUGGGUCUCCUACUGGAGCAACAAACUGCUGAAGAAGCUACAUGUUUUUCCACCCUAAAUACCAGGGAUGCAUCAAACCAGAGAAUGUCUAGCAGUUAAAUAUGCAUGCAGUGUGGUUUCUUGGAAAUAUGCAUUUCCUGUCCCCAAAUGCUUCUUUGUACAGCUAACUUAACAGGAUAGUCAGAGCUCUGAUCAUAGCAACAAAAACUUCAACCUCUAAGGUUUGUCAUUGUCCUAAGACACUGCUGUACAUUUAUUAUUACCAGUGACUCCCCAUUUUACUUUUUGGAUCUUUAGCAUAAGCACAUGUUUGGAAAAAUAAACAGUGAAAUGAUCAAUGUCCACAGGCAUGAAAGCAGGAAAGUCAUCCUGAAAUCUGAUCAUCUUAUCUAACCACGUAAUAGUGUUUUAGCAAUAAAAUUACAGGAUUAUUCUGUUACCUAAAAAUAUGCAGAAAGUUGGUAUCUGGAAAAAAUGAGAGCAGCCAGACCUUUUUAUUCUAAUCUGAAACUAUUCCACUGCACUCCUGGAAGAGAAAUAAACCCAAAUUUUCAUGGGUGUUAAAAUAACACAUCAACUUACAGUAAACUUUGUUUGUUUACAUGCUUCUUUUAAUUGCCCAAAGUGUGUUAAAUACAAAUGUGUAAGAUGAAACACCAAUAUCAUCUAAAACAUCCUAUGUAAGAUAUAACAUCCUCUGAUUUGGUUGGUUAUAUUGCUACACUGCUUAGUUUUAACUGGUUUGUUUUCGUUGUAUCAGAAGAAAAAAGAACUGAAAGCAAAAUCGCAUGGAUUUGAUAAUCACACAAAAAGAAAAAUACCACUUUGUAAAUGAAUGCAAAAUAAAACAUUCUUCAUCUAGAGACUUCUCUUUUGAUGUCAGGUUAUCACACAUGGCAACUCCACAAUGCCAUGCCAUGCUUCCUCUGUGCACAAGGUCAUGUUUAAACUUGGAAAAGAAGAUCCAUAUAAUAGAAAGUUAGGUACUGUAGACCCAGGGAACAUUCCAUAAGUGUUGCUUGAUAACAGUGUGGUUGUACAAAAUAAAUAUUCUUAAGGAAAUAACUUGUGUUAAUAUUUGCUUUUACUUAAAUGUAAAUAAAUCCCACUGAAAACAUAAAAAGUAUUGCUUGUUUCUUAUUAAUGCAUAAAAUUCAGGGAAAAUGUCUUUUUCUAGGCUGACGGCUUCCUUACCCAUACACUGAGGCAUUACCAUUAUAAUUGGAUUAUGUGU